UCCAACUGUGUAUAAAGGAGAAAAUUAGGGAUUUUGGAGUGUCCACAUCUUCUUGCAGGCUUCAUGCACUGAACUGUACUUGGUGUAAUUGUUGUGUUUUAUGAAGUAGUUGUCUUGGAUAUAGUCUAUACCUUCACCGCUCCUUCAAAUCUUCAUGUCUGAUACCUUCAUUGCUACUAUCAAUGGCAGCUGGAACAGAGGCAACGGAAAGAUGCAGGUAUUUCCUGAGUGGGUUUUGCAGGGAAGGGGAGUCUUGUCGCUUCCUUCACCCCAUUCAAUAUGAAAUGGGCAACCCUUUCAAACCAGUUCCAGUCUGCCGUUACUUCUUGCAGGGGAUCUGUGCUUUUGGAGCUAAUUGCAGACUGACUGGCAACUCAGAGUCCCAGGGCACAAGAGUCAAGAUUACAUCAUCUGAGAUGCCUCAGUCUUCAAAGUCAGGUCUCUGUCUGGAUGCUCCUGAAUUCAUACCCAGGAGGAAAGAAAUGCAAAGAGUGUCAUAUGCUGAGGCUCUCAGUGGUGGCUUGGUUCCAAUGGUCUCAGCUGGUGUUCCCUACAACAUCCACGUUCCCAACGCUCUGUAUGGAGAUACGCUCUGCCCCUACGCAAUGAUGGGAGAGUGUAAGUUUGGGAAUGACUGCGUCUACCUCCACGGGGAUAUGUGUGAGUACUGUGGCAUCUCUUGUCUUCAUCCCACUGAUGUCAUCCAGCGCAAGAAUCAUCUGAAGGAGUGCUUGGAACAGCAUGAGGCAGACAUGGAGCACUCCUUCCUCAUCGCCCAAUCUCAGAACAAAUGCUGUGGGAUUUGCAUGGAGUCGGUGUUGGAGAAACCGGUCAAAGAGGCUCGAUUUGGGAUCCUGCCCAAUUGUAAUCAUGUGUUCUGUCUCCAAUGCAUCCGACAAUGGAGGCGAAGCCGGCAAUUUGAGAACAAAGUCAUUAGGGCAUGCCCCGAGUGCCGCACCAAGUCGGAUUUUGUCUGCCCUUCACGGAUUUGGAUUGAAGAUCCUGAGAAGAAGAAGAAACUCAUUGAUGAGUACAAGAAUGGAAUGAACCAAAAACACUGCAAGUAUUUCAAGCAAGGACGUGGAGACUGCCCAUUUGGUAACAAGUGUUUCUAUCUGCAUCAGUUACCGGAUGGAGAGAUAAUAAAUAAUCCAAGCGUUGGUGGUGGGUCCAGGCCAAGCGCCACUCAACCCAAAGAAGAAUGUUGCGUGGCGCAUUUC